AUGGGGAUGGAUGAAAAUACUCAUAAACGUUUAAUAUCUCGUAAUAUAUCUAAUACUAAUCAACAACAUUAUUCAAAUACUAAUCAACAUUAUUGUACAAAUUCGAAUAGUUCAGAAAAUUUUCAAGAUACAAAUCGUAAGAAGAAUAUAAAUUUAAAACAAAUUAAAAAUAUUACUACAAAUUGUGCUAAAUCUAUUACUAAUAAAUUAAUUACAUUUUCCAAUUCUCUUACACAAAAUAAUAAUUAUUCUAAUAAUAAAUAUAUUAAUUCACAAUCUAAUCCUUAUUCUGUUACUAAUCCUUAUUACAAUCAAUCUACUACACAAGGAUAUAGUCAUUCUACUCAUCAAUCUACUUCAUAUGGAACUAGUCAAUCUAGUCAACGUGUUGGUUCUCCAAUGGGUAGUGGACCAGGAUAUGGAGUUAAUACUAUACCAGGAUCAGGAUAUGGACAUGGAUAUGGUACUGUACCAGGAUAUGGAUCAGGAAAUGGUGUAGAAUAUGUAUAUGGUAAUAAUAAACCAAAUACAGUAUAUAGUAUAAAUAAUAUAAUAAAUCGUAUAGUAAAUAAUGAAGAUAUAAUAAGAACACAUCGUGAAUUAGUAAUAAUAAUAGAAUAUUGUUUAAGUUAUAAAGAUUUUUUAGUGGAGAUAAAUAUAGAAAAGGAUCGAUUUGGUGCACCAACAAUGGAAUCAAUAAAUAAUUUUAGUAUAAUAAAUCAUAAAAUUUGUGAUAAGAUAUUGGAUUAUAUAAGAAAUAGAAAAGAUUGUUGUAUAUUUGUUGUGAAAUUUAUUACUUGGAAAAUGAGAUGUACUAAGAAACCUGAAGAAGUUAUUUUAAGUUUAGAACUUUUAUUUAAUUGUUUACAUAAAUUUGGUGGUUACUUUUUAAUUUUGUUUACGAAAUCUUUAAUGAAAACUUUACGGAAAUUAUUAUUUAUUACUAAUUUUAAAUCUAGUAUUACUUCUAAUGUUAAAAAAAAAAUUACUAAAAUUUUAGGUAUCCAUAACGGUGCUUGCUCCAGCAGCUCCAAUAUCACUACUUAUUUAGCCCCUAAAGGGGUUCCCUUAACCCCAAAGGGGAGUAUUUAG